AUGGGUAAAGUCUUCGGGAAACUUUGGGUGUCAAGAAAAGUGACAGUGCUGAUAAUAGGACCCGAUGGGGCAGGCAAAACGUCUAUACUACACAAUCUUAGCUUGGGGAAUAUCACCGACAGGAUCACAGAUGAGGACUGUAGACUCGAGGCUCUCUCUGGAGACCGGGUACAAGCUGUCAGCUGGAACAUGUUCGGUACCCGCUGUCCGGGUGGAAUAUCCGCAUACUACCGUACCAUAGAUGCUGUGAUCUACGUGGUAAACGAUCGAGGUCCACCAAAUCACAUGGCAUAUGCCAAACUUGGGUUCCACUACUUUUCGGCCAUUGGUUGUGCCAAUGCUAUACUAGCAGUGCUCGUCAAUCAAAGAAGCGCGGGGGAAGGGACGCCACUGACUUUAGAAGAGGUUCGCCAGACGUUAGAUUUGGACAAACUUUCUAAUACAUACGAGAUAUUCCCAGUGAUUGCGACAACAGGUGAAGGAUUGGAUCAUGUUCAAGACUGGCUCUCGUGCCAACUGGGCAGGAAGUUUACACGCCAAGCAUUCUUUGGGUCAGGUGACCAACAGUUAAAAAAACAGGACACGGCACCAUUUCAUACACGGAUACUCAACUCAUUCAAAGGAAUGUUUUCGAAGAUUUAA